CUUCGAAUGUUAUCACUCGAUUGAAUGGGCGUUAUCAGUGGUUAUCAGCUCAUAGAUAUGGGCCAGAAGGGGCCUGCUGCGCCUACUGGUAGGCUCAGAUGGCUGUUAUCAUCCAUCUACAUGGUUAAUCACCGAUACAAAUACAAGAGACGAUUCCAGAUCCAAUCAGAUCGGAAGUUCACUGGAUGACGCGGCAUCGUUGCGGUAUUUCCCGCCGGUUGAUAUUUUUCAGAUAUGGGAAAAGCACGUUUGAGGAGUGUAAAGAUUAAGGUGGUGAGGAGGUGUAUCACUGGCCCUGCAAAGGUUUCGUACCUUAGUCAUUGUCUUCCCCAGCCCAACUCCAAACAGACUUCCAAACCUUGCAUGUCUAUUACACCUCAACAGGCUGAACAUGAUGAUGUGGCACCGAGUUCAUGUUCUGAGACUGCAUACAGUAAGGCAAAGAAGAGAGAGCUUCAUGCCUGGGAUGCAGUCAAGGAUGACAUGCUUAAAGUGUCUUUUGAAUGUUCAGCACCAUUCACUACCCAGUGUGUUGUCUGCCUAGAACAGGCUGAUUAUAGGUGCAUUGAGUGCAGCACCACUGCAGUGUUUUGUGGGGCUUGUCUGAAGAAGACUCACAGAAAUUCACUGCAUCUUCCUGAUAAGUGGAAUAAUGCCUACUAUGAGCCAUCCUCCCUGGGGUUAUUCCUAUAUUUACCUGAAGGCCAUGGCACCCAUGCUGUGUAUACAAAGGACAUGAAGGUCAUUGUCAGUACAGGACGGCUCUGCACCGUCACAGUCAAUAUGUGUGCGUGUGAACCAGAAACCUGCACUCUGCUAAGGUAUGGGCUCUGGCCAGCAUCAGCCGACAAGCCCCAGACAGCCUUCUCCAUCCCUCUGCUAGAGCUUUUUGUUUGUCUGUCACUGGAGUGUCAGGUUUCUGUUGAGGGUUUUUGCAACACCCUGCGCUGGAAAAAUAACCUCACACUUGCAGAGGUUAACACACUCUACAGAGCCCUGGUGGGAGAAUCCAUAUCCCAUUUUAGGCAUCACCACUUCCGACAAAGAAGUUUGGUAGAUAUUUGCCCUCAAUUAGAUGAUGGGACCAUAUGCCCAGCAUGUCCAAAGGCGGAUGGAGAUAUGAUUGUGACAUUGGAUGCCAACUUUGGCCUUGUGAGGAAGCAAAGCUCAGGUACAAGUGUGGUUGAGCCAUUACAUGGAACCCGCAUGUUUGUUGAUGAAAAGGAUGUAGAAGAAUACCUGCUAUCACAUCUUGACAGCUCAAAGCCUCACGAGGACUGCAGUAACUUCAAGGCUGGCAACAUGCUGAGGUCACAAAAACAAGCAAAGAAACUUGAUGUUACAGGAGUGUUUGGAGCUUCUUGUCGUCAUGAAAUGCCCCUAAUGUUUGUCAACAUGAGCCAAGGAGAACGAUUAGCCUAUCCCCUGUAUGUCAUCGAUGAGCUACUUCGAAGAUGUGAGGACAAGAACAUACACCUGCGAGUAGUCUAUGACAUUGCCUGUGUUGUUGCCUCACAUUUGCAUAAAUCAGGGGAGGGCAUACCACACAACAUCUCCUUGGCUGUACCAGCAUUUCACGUUUAUGGACACAAAUUGCCCUGCCAGAUCAAGUACAGCACCAGGCGGCUUGAUGGGUUUGGGCUCACAGACGGGGAAGGAAUGGAAAGGCUGUGGUCUUUCAUCCGAAGAUUUGCCAGAGUCACAAAGGAGAUGACACCAUCUCACCGCCUUGACCUGUUGACUGAUGCCCUUUUGCAUUAUGGACGGAGGAAAUCAACUGACCUAGAGAUGCAGCUCCUGCAAAGACUAGACAAAGCAGAGAAAAUAUCGAUUCUCGCUCAAGAAGACAUCUCAUCUGUCAUCAGAGAAGCACCAGUGUUGGUUUCUGAGGAAGACAUGGAGAAAUGGAAGAAAAGGGAGAUGGAGCUAGCCCAACAGAAACAAAAACCAAUAAACACUGUCUGUAGAUGGAAAAGGGACUACAUCAUCAAGCUGAUUCAGUUCUACAAGUUCAAAUCUGGGACUCGUGAGCCAUACAUGGAGUGUGAAACAGAAAUUGAGGACUCUCUGCUGAACAUGGAGAAAAAACACCGGAUUGGGAGAAGAUGGCAAGAAUCUGAUUCAGACUUCCAGUCUACCCUUAAAGAUGUUGACUGUGAGCUCAGAGGUCAGCUGAUCUGCAAGGCUAGAACUGAAUCAAGGGAGAGAGCAGUCCUCCUCCAUCUGAAAAGAAAAUAUCCAGAUGGGCAGGGCAUUGCCAUUAGACUGUCCAAGCAGGUAGCCAGCUCCAACAAGAGACUGAGACAGGCAAUAAAAGAAUACAACAGCAUUCAGUGGCCACCGCAGAUGAGCAUCUUCCCUGCAACAAUUGAUUUUCAGGAAGCAUGUGAUCCCUCUUGGCAUGUCUACUUCUGCUUUGAUGACACUAUUGAAGAAGAUAAUGUUUCGAGGAGUCUAAAAAGGCGAGGGAUUGAUGCCUUACAUAUGAAGACACGAGCAGCUGAGGAAAAGCACAUGCUUUACCAGGAAAUGAGAACUAUAGCUGAACACCUCCAUCAGCAGCAUGCCAUUCUGUGCUCUGCCAUCAAAGACACAGAUCAGCCUGGAGCAAAAGCUGCUCUCAUCCAACGUCUCCAUCAGCUGGAAAGAAAACGACAUCAAGCCACUGUGAUGUUUCACCCACAUGUACCAGACAUUGUUCCUGCAGACAACCCCUACUUGUUUCAGGCCCUCCCCAUGUCAAGCAUACAGACACUGGUAUACAAUGAUGAUGGUGAUAAUGAUGACAGUGAGGAUGAUAAUGAGGAUGACAAUGAUAACUAGGACUGUAAGCACUGGUAUGACAGGACAGGGCCUGUAUUUACAAAGAUUCUCAGAGUAGAAGUCCCAACUGUCCUAAAAUCUGCAGACUGAAUAUUCAAACCUGUUUUUAGGCUGAGGUGCACAACAAGCACUUCAUAAACUUUUUUGAAUCCAAAGAAAUUAUUCUGAUCUCUGUUAACAGUCCAGUUUUGUCUGAUAUCAUUAUAUUAUAUGAAAAAAGAAUGAUGUCUUAAAGUGUAAAUACAAAGUGGUAAAUAUAUAUGUUGCUGCAGAUCAUAGAAACCUUUCAUGGUGGAGGAAUAUGAUUACUGCCUGCCUUGUGCAGAUGUGUUGUUUUACUAGGUCUGAUCUAUUUUAAAACUUGGGUACUGUAUUUAAGCACAGAUAUUGCCACUAGUCUGUGUGAGUACAAAAUAGUUUUUACGAUAUUGUGAUAUUAAUUAUUUACUGUAAUGUACAAAUGUGUUCAGUGUUUGAGAGCUGUGUUGUUUUUGUGAGCUCACCAAACCAAAUCCCCUUCGACUGAGUUGAAAUGACAAUAAAGAAUUGAAUCUUGAAUCCUCUGAAACAACUAUAAGUUUGCAAAAAUAAAAGGGAACAUGCAGGUGUA